UUCUGGGAGGAAAGGGCCACAGGUUCUCAGGCUGAGGGAGCCGCUUGAGAACCGAUCCCAGGGCCCGGGCUGGGAAGGCAGGGGGCAUGGGCACGCUUGCCGGGGACGAGGACCGGCUGCCUCUCAUGGGGUCGGGCAUAGACCUGACCAAGGUGCCUGCAAUUCAACAGAAAAGGACCGUUGCAUUUCUAAACCAGUUUGUGGUACAUACAGUACAGUUCCUCAACCGAUUUUCUACUGUUUGUAAGGAGAAACCAUCAGCUCUUUCUCUUCGGAUCCAGCAAAUAGAAACAACUCUCAAUAUUUUGGAUGCAAAGCUUUCCUCUAUUCUGGGUCUAGAAGAUGUCAAAUUUGAAAUAUCAACUGCAAAUGUUAACAGUGUUACAAAUGGUCCUGAAGCCACUCCAGGUCAACAGUCAUCUCUGCCUCCUCAAUCGGAGCAGAACAAUACACAAGGGUGGAAAAUGGAGAUGUUUCUGACAGAUGGCUCUGCUGACACUUUGCAGACCCAGCUUCAAAAGCUUUCCUUCAACAAAGUUGUGCGGUGA